AUGUUAAGACAGGACAAAACUACUUCAAAAAACAUGAGGGACUUGAGAUUACAGGGGCCCUACAGAAAAUACAUUCCAUACAAUAUUUUCGAACUGUGCGGAAUUGGUCACUUAAAUGCACUAGAUUAUAUUUUCGCGUUUUUGGUUGUUGUUGCCAAUUUCACGUUAAUAUCGAGAUUGCACUCUUCUUCAUUCUGGAACCGGCCAUGGGAUAAUCAUGGUGAAGAGGAACUUUCCCAAUUAAUUCAAUUUUACGUAGAUAAGGCUUUCUACAUCCAUGAAUUACCACCGUUUACCAUUCAGUUCUACUCCAUCGUUCGAAGGUUAAAAAUCGCAGAAAAUUUGAGGUACGUUUCUUUGCUUUUGAAUUCAUCAACUUUAGGUUUCCUUUUCCUGAUACUAAGGAGAAUAAACUGCUCUUACGUCAUUUCGGCAACAGGUUUACUGAUAUUGUCCACUUGGGAGACUUUCAGAAAUGAGGGAACUGUUAUAUCAUUUGACAGCUUAGAGUGGUGUCUGUUUUCAGUAGUAAUUUACAGUUUGAUAAGCGUUUCAACUGUGAAACAGGGAACUACGAGAUGGUUCGCUCAUCUGGUCACAUUAUCCAUUUCUUUAGGGCUAGCAAUCUCUUCCAAAUUUAUUGGUGUUGUCACUUGGGCCUUUGUAAUUCUUUCUUUGGUGCGUCAAUUUGAUAGACUGAUCAGCGACAUUAAAGUUACGACCUCCCAAAUAGUAAGAUUUAUUAUUUUGUGCGUAUUAUUCGUUUUGGUUGUACCUGGAUCUAUUUUUAUAAUAAGUUAUUCGAACUUGCUUACGAACUUCAAGACAGACACGCCGCAAUUUUCAAAAUAUAUGAGCACGUUUUUCAAGUCCUACCUAAGAGGUCCUCAACUGCAGCCAAGCCGGUUAUACUAUGGCUCAACGAUUACAUUACGACAUUUAGAUUCCAUGGUAGGAUAUCUUGCUUCUCACGAUAUUUCCUACCCAUCAGAUGCUGACGAACAGUUAGUAACGUUAUCAUUUGAGGAAUUCAAUGUUGAUAAUGAAUGGGUAGUAGAACAUCCAACAUUAAAUUUAAAUUUUUCUGAGGUACACCAUGCUGAUCAAUUGACACCUGUAGAAUUUGGUCAAGAUAUUAAAUUAAGACACAAAUCUACCGGAAAAUUAUUGAGAGCUAGCACUGCUAAACCACCCAUCAGCGAGCAGGAUUAUGAUUUUCAAAUCUCAUGCACGAAAGAUUCAGACUACGAAGGAGGCAUGGAUGAGACAUGGGAUGUCCUGCUCAUCAAAGAUGAAACCAACAACGACAAAAAAAAUAACGCAGAUGAUAAAUACGUUAAACCGCUUCGAUCAGAGAUGCGCUUUUACAAUAAUGGCCAAAGGUGUGGGCUAUUAAGCCAUGAUCUUAGAUUACCUGAAUGGGGCCGCUUUGAGCAAGAAGUCUUAUGCAUGGAGAAUCCAGUCACACCAAGAACCACUUUUGUAAUAGACUCAGUACAAUUACCAGUUGAUUUCCAAGUUCCAAUGAUGGAAUAUUAUAUGAGUGAAAUUAAUUCUUCAGCAGAAGUUAAUCAUACCUUAUCCUGGUCACAAUUGUUUCAUCUUCUUGGAGAAUAUAUCUUCAAACAGUACAAGUACAAUUACUACAUUAAAUACGGUAAAAAUAAGGUCAGCUUUGAAGAUGCAUUCGCUGUGGAAAAAUGGCCAAUAACGUUGGACGCAGAAUCUCCAGUUUGGUUUAAUUUCGCGUGGUAUGGAUCUAUACUGUCGAUGUUUAUUUUCUUGUGCGUUCAAUGUAAGAGAAUGAUAUGUUGGAAUCCAUGGUCAACUGCUGAAGCUUCCUUUUCUAUCCAUUGGGAUAUUUAUAAUGAAUUUGGCUGGAAGUGCAUAAUUGGUUGGUUUUUACAUUUUUAUAUCUUCACAAUGAGUCCACAUUUCAACCUGGGAAAAACACUGUACUUCCAAAGUUUUUUCUUUAGCGUACUGUGUCUUUUAGAAUCAUUAGAUUUUCUUACGAAGCAAAUGGUAGAAAGGUCCUGUCAGUUAUAA